AUGAGACCUAUAAGUUUAUCUAAUUUCAUUAAUAAGGUCAUCUCAAGAGUUCUACAUGAUAGGUUGGAAAGCAUUCUUCCUACAUUGAUUUCUUCAAACCAAUCAGGGUUUGUGAAAGGGAGGAAUAUUUUUGAGAAUAUAUUACUUACUCAAGAGAUUGUUUCGGAUAUUAGAAUAAGAGGCAAGCCAGCAAAUGUCAUUAUCAAAUUGGAUAUGGCUAAGGCUUAUGACAGAGUUUCUUGGAAAUAUCUAAUGCAUGUGUUAAGAAAGAUGGGUUUUGCAGAACAUUUUAUUAACCUGAUCAGGAGUUUAAUUGGGAAUAAUUGGUAUUCUGUGUUACUUAAUGGACAAGCUACUGGAUUCUUUCAUUCCACCAGAGGAGUGAAACAAGGGGAUCCUUUAUCUCCUGCUUUAUUUUUAUUAUCUACAGAAGUAUUAUCAAGGGCUUUGAAUGUUUUAUUUGAAGAUGAUCAAUUCAUUGGGAGAAUUAUGCAUGUCCUGAGGGAGUAUGAACAGACUUCUGGGCAACUGAUUAACAAAUCCAAGAGUUCUUACUACAUGUAUUCUAAGGUUGGCAAUGAUUUGAUGCAAUUAGUAGGGAGUUUCACUGGAUUUAAUAAAGGGAGUUUCCCUUUCACAUAUUUGGGUUGUCCUAUCACUCACUCCAGGAAGAAGAAAGUUUAUUACUCAGAAUUGUUCAAGAAGGUGAAAGGGAAAUUACAUUCUUGGAAAGGUAAAAUGCUUUCAUUUGGUGGAAAAGCUGUGCUGAUUCAAAGUGUUCUCCAAAGUAUGCCAAUUUACCUGCUUUCAGUGAUUGCACCUCCUAAAUGUGUAAUAAAGGAACUUCAUCGAAUUUUUGCAAGAUUCUUUUGGAAUACUAGAGAGGAAGGGAGGAGUAGACAUUGGGUUUCUUGGAAGGAUAUAUGUCUUCCAACUCAGGAGGGGGGUUUGGGUUUCAAAUCACUUUUUGAUGUUUCAAAUGCUUUAUUUGCCAAGUUAUGGUGGAGAUUCAGAACUACAUCAUCUUUAUGGGAAAAUUACAUGUGGAAUAAGUACUGUAAAAAGGAGAUUCCCACCUUGGUGCAAUGGAAAGGUGGAACUCAAGUGUGGAAAAAGAUGUUACAAGUAAGGGAUGCUAUAGAGCAUGAAAUUUGGUGGGAAGUUAAAGGGGGCACUUCUAAUGUUUGGUUUGAAAAUUGGACUAAACUGGGUGCUUUGAACUAUGUAGUUCCUACAGGUUAUCCUAUAAAUGAAGAGCUUCAAGAUGUUGCAGACCUUAUAGAGGGAGAAUGUUGGAAAGAUCAGAUACUUGAACAAACUUUUCCAACAGACAUAGUGGAGUACAUAAAAUCAGGAAUUCACAUAAGGGAACUUGCAGGAAAUUGGGAUAGGCCUUGGUGGAUGCCUACUAGUACAGUUCCUCAACAAGAGACUAUACAACAUCUCUUCCAAACUAGUAAAUUUGCAUCAGAUGUUUGGAGUGUUUUUAAGCAGGCAGUGGGUAUACAAAUGAAUCUCAUUCAGAUACACCAAGUUAUCAGAAACUGGUGGAAAAUUGAGUGUGCUGAGAAAUUUAAACCAAUUCUACAUGCUGUGCCUGCUAUGAUCAUUUGGGAGUUGUGGAAGAGAAGAAACACUAUCAGACAUGAAGGACGGGUUGGAGAUUUGAUAUAUGCUGAGUGUAAGGAAUUGGGACAUAAUUCUAAUGUGGUGGCUGAGGCAAGAGCUAUGUUAGAGGGGUUGAUCUAUUGUGUGAAUCAUGAACUGCAUCCAUUAAUUUUGGAGACUGACUCUUUAAUGCUGAAGAAUGUUGUUGAUGGAGUUUGGGAUACCCCAUGGUGUAUAGUCACAGAGGUGGACACAAUCAGGAGACUAAAGGAUGGUACAUUAAGUUUUAAUUCAUUUGCUGAAUUACCUAGUGCAGGGAGGAGGAUAUUAAAUACGACAAACAUCAAGUUCCCAAUCUCAGAAUCAAGAAUGCAAAAAACUCUGGAAAUAUUGAUGUACAAACAUGACUUUGUGACUCAAAUAUUGACACAACUUCUAAUGGUGGUAUUAGCUUUGGCUCAUCCCAUUGAAGAUGGGUCAAUAAAUGAGAAGCAGAGCAAAUGUACAGUCAAUAAUGGAGAAGAAGACUGGUGUAGAUAG